GACUGGCUCAAUAAAAGCAGACUCCUCCAGCCUUGGAGCAUCACAAUCCAGCGAGCGCUCCCAGCGGACAUACGCCAGCAGCAGCCCCCAGCGGACCGACCGUCCCAGCCUUGAACGCGGCACCGCAGCGGCGUCGCCCUCCAGCCAUGAAGCUUGUCCUGGUCUUUGCACUUGCGAUGGUCGGCGUGGCCAUGGCCGUCCCCUUCGGCGGCUACGGCAGCUACGGCCAUGACCAUGAUGAGCACGAGCGGAUCGACCACCAUGAGGACCACCACGAUGACCACCACGACGACCACCACGAAAAGAGCGACCAUGAGGACGACUACCACCACCACCACGGCGACUACAACAAGAAGCCCCACCACCACGAGGAGCACGAAUACAAGCCGCCCCACCACGAGGAGCAUGAGUACAAGCCUCAUCACCACGAAGAGCACGAGUACAAGCCGCCCCACCACGAGGAGCAUGAGUACAAGCCACCCCACUACGAGGAGGAGCACGAGUACCCCAAGCCUCCCCACCAUGAGUACCCCAAGCCUCCUCAUCAUGAGUACCCCAAGCCUCCCAGCCACGAGUACCCCAAGCCCCCCAGCCACGAGUACCCCAAGCCCCCCAGCCAUGAGUACCCCAAGCCCCCCAGCCACGAGUACCCCAAGCCCCCCAGCCAUGAGUACCCCAAGCCUCCCCAUCACGAGUACCCCAAGCCCCCCAGCCACGAGUACCCCAAGCCACCCCAGUAUGGAGGCUACCACCACGGAGGCGGCAGCUACCACGGCUGAAGAUGACCUGUCCGGCUGCUACCUGUCA